AUGGAUUUCAAUAACCCUAAUGCGUAUGGCGGCCAGUUCGCCAAUUCUCCGCAACACGCCCAAUUUGAUGCACAGGCGCGGCUUCAGCAACAGGGCAACCCACAUGGACAAUAUGGGCAGACCGCAUCUUUCCCGGGCAUGAGUGGCGCCAUGGGCAGCAACGGAAUCCAGCCAGGAGCCCCAUAUCUCCAGCAGCGAGCCGCCAUGCAGCAACAGCAACAACAGCAACAACAGCAACAGCAGCAGCAGCAGCAGCAGCAGCAGCAACACCAGCUGUCGUCGCCGAGCCCCUACUCCAACGCGCCCUAUGCGCAGACGAUGCCCUCGCCCGCCCACCACCAGUUUGCCCAGAACCGCCAGACGGCCUCCCCCGCGAGCACCACCGGACAGGCGCCCUUUGCGACGCCCCAACCCCAGCAGUCGCCCAGUAGCAUGCAGACCAACGGCCAGCAGCAGCCCAUGAAUCUCCAGCUGCCCGUCAAGGCCGAGCCGCCACAGGUCCACACGCCAGUCAAGCAGGUGCCCCCGUCGCCUGUGUCGCCAGUCAACCAGGCGCGCAGUGCCGACCGAGUCGCGACCCUCCUCGACAUCAACAGCAUCCUCAUAAAGGAGGUCUGCGAGCUCCAGGUGCAGGGCAAGGCCGGCCAAGUAGGGCCCACGCCAGAAGGGAAGCCCGAAGGCGAUAAGCCCCAGCCAUCCAAGGAGUACGUAGACUACAUGCGCCGCCUGCAGGCAAACCUCGCAUACCUUGCGCAGAACGCCGAGAAGGUGCCCAAGCCUGGUCAACAACUACAGCCUGGGCCUGCCAUAAUGUCGAUUCCCGCCGCCCCCGCCGAGCUCGCAAAGCUGUAUACCAAGCUCCAGGAGCUGUUUCCGGGAUGGAAAGGCCAAACUCCCCAGAUGAAGCAAUCACCAGGACCACAGCGCAUCAACUCGAAUACCUCACAACCACCGAAUAGCGCAGGCCUGCAGCAGAAUUGGGGGCAGAACGCUAUGCAGCAGCAACAGCAGCAGCAACAACAACAAGCUAAGCAGGAGAACCAAUAA